UCAACAUGGUACCUAGAUCGCAGGUGAUGUUGCUCUUGUUAAUCUAUUUAGGUUAUAGCCACAGUCACAGAAACAACAAAUCACGACUCGAUUCUAAGAAGAAUGUCUUAUUGAUAUUUGUUGAUGAUGGCGGAUUUGAAAGCCAAGUUUACAAUAAUUCUGUAUGUAAAACACCAAACUUAGCAGCAUUAGCUAAGCGCAGCGUUGUGUUACGUCGGGCCUACACUUCAGUGAGCAGCUGUUCGCCGAGCCGAUCAGCCUUGCUCACCGGACUCCCGCAACACCAGAAUGGUAUGUAUGGCCUGCACCAUUCCUUUCAUCACUUUAACUCUUUUGACGAGGUUAAAAGCAUCCCAUUGAUACUAAAAGACCAUGGCAUCCGAACGGGCAUUAUCGGGAAGAAGCACAUUGGGCCUGAUUCCGUAUAUAAAUUCGAUUACGAGAGAACAGAUGAACAUUACAGUAUGCUACAGGUUGCUAGGAACAUCACUCACAUGAAAGAAUUGAUGAGAGAAUUUCUAGGCAUUGAUGAUCGUCCGUUUUUUCUGUAUAUGGCUUUCAAAGAUGUACACAGGUGCGAUGCGAGUAUCGAAAAAUAUGGUCAGUUCUGUGAACGAUUUGGAAAUGGUGACCCUGAGACAGGCAUUAUUCCGGACUGGAAACCAGCUUAUUAUGACCCUGCAGAUGUCUUUGUGCCGUAUUUUUUACCGGAUACAAUGGCCACAAGAAAAGAAAUUUCUGCACAAUACACAGCAGUUAGUAGAAUGGACCAAGGAGUUGGUCUUUUCUUGAACGAAUUGACGUCAUUGGGGUUCCUUAAAAACACGUUGAUUAUUUACACUGCAGACAAUGGUAUCCCGUUCCCUAACGCGAAGACAAAUCUAUACGAAUGUGGAAUGGGAGAGCCCAUGAUGAUAUCCUCCCCCUCCCAUACUGAACGUUGGGGUCAGACAAGUGAUGCUUUGGCCAGCACGACGGACAUCGUUCCAACCAUCCUAGAAUGGUUUGAAGUUGACUUUCCAUCUUAUAGCUUGAACGGGGCUACUGUUGAAUUGAGUGGAAAAUCCCUACUUCCAAUAUUGGAAAGUGAGCCGAAAGCGGGUGGAAAGUUCGAUCAGGUAUUCUCAAGCCACGAUCUCCACGAGAUAACUAUGUACUAUCCGAUGAGAGUUGUACGAAAUCGCCAAUAUAGGCUCAUCCACAACAUCAACCACGCGGCAUCUUAUCCGAUCGCGCUAGAUAUCUUCAUGUCUCCGACUUUUCAGGACAUGUUGAAUCGAACCCACAAUGGCGAGCCAACAUACUGGUUCAAAUCCCUACACAAUUACUACUAUCGACCGGAGUGGGAACUCUAUGACGUCACCAGUGAUCCCCAUGAAAAGAAUAAUUUGAUAGAUAAUUCGACAUUAACUGAAAUUGUGCAGGAGUUAAAGACCGACUUAAAAUCAUGGCUUGAAAAAACAAACGACCCAUGGCGAUGCCUACCAAAUGGUGUUUUAGUUGGUAACGCAUGCUGGCCACUUUACAAUUAACAUUUGUAGUCCUACAACAUAUAAAAAAUUACAGUCUUUCAUGAUGUGUAAAUAAAUAAAUUAUUUUCACACUCGCAAAAUUCAUCCCAUUAAACCCUAAAAAAAUUAAUAUAAUUUUAGUGUUACAAUUAAAGGUUUAGAGUUUAUCUCUAGUGUACUAUGAUUUAUUUAUAACAACAGUAUCUUUUUGGAAAUCCCGUCUUGAGCUCUUGUAAUAUUCGUUGAAAAAAUAAUCAAA